AUGGCAAUUCUAACCCAGUGUUCCUGUGGGUGCUCCCUGAAAACAACCACUAUCAGCAUCGCCAUCUUUUAUCUGGUUUCGAGCCGUGUGCAGAUAGCAACAACAGCGUACAAUUUGGAGACCCGUCAGUACGUCGAUGGCGAUGAGGUUAAGGCGGAGGUUAAGGCGGAAGAGAUGGUUGCAGAUACUAAACUGGAAGUAAUCACAGGCCUCGUGUGUGGCGUUAUCCAUGCUGUGUGUAGCAUAAUUCUCCUCGUUGGAGUCACGCAGGAAAAGGCUAGCAUGCUUCUUCCAUGGAUCGUUGUGGAAACCCUGGGCACCGCAGUAGCGAUCGUAAUUUGUGUGGUCGUCUUCAUGGCGGCGAGUUCAUACAGCCUUAUUAUCUUCUUGCUUGUGUAUGCAGAUACUAGACUGGAAGUAAUCAUAAGUCUAGUGUGGGGCAUUAUCCAUACUGUGUGUAGCAUAACUGUCCUCGUUGGAGCCACGCAGGAAAAGGCUAACAUGCUUCUUCCAUGGAUCGUUCUGGAAACCCUGGGCACCGCAGUAGCGAUCGUGAUUUGUGUGGUCGUCUUCAUGGCGGCGGAUUCAUACGGCCUUUUUAUUGUCGCUAUUACCUUCUUGCUUUUGUUGCUCAACAUCUACUUCCUGCGAGUCGUGUACAGCUACUUUCGAACUCUGUGUGAGAGACCACGCCCUGCCAAGCUGACAGACAUCGAGACUGCUGGGAUGUGAUGUGAGAUGAUUACAGUUGACGGGUUCAGUCAACAAUACUUAUGUGAGGUGUGUCACUGGUGAAGUUGUUUCUGACUCAGGUUUUUUCUUGUGGACACAUCUGCGAAUAUU